AUUUCGAUAAAAUUUGAAAAUCAUAGAAAAAAAAACAGCUUCUUCUAAACCAAAAGAUGAUGGAGAAAAUAAUCAUAAUAAACCCAAAGAAAAGGAGACACCAAAAGAAGAGUCUGAUACAGAGUCAAAUAAACCCGAGGAGAAAGAGUUUGCGACAGAGUCAAAUAAACCCGAGGAGAAAGAGUCUGAUACAGAGUCAAAUAAACCCGAGGAGAAAGAGUCUGAUACAGAGUCAAAUAAACCCGAGGAGAAAGAGUUUACGACAGAGUCAAAUAAACUGGGAAAAGGGCCAGGAAUUGGAAAUGGAAAUUCUAAAAUGGAUGAUCCAGGACACAGCAUGGGACCAGGAAACGAAAAAGAAGAUCCUGAAGAAGAAGAUUCUAAUUCCAAAAAUGACCCCAAAGAGAAUAAAGAAGAUCCAAAUAAAAAGAAAACAAAAUUCCCGGGAUCCGACAUUAUAAUUAAUGAAGAGGAGCCAGAAUAUUAUCAGGAGCCCCAGCAAUCCAAAAGUGAUGAAGAAAACUGCAAGGAUGCGUAUUUUGCUGAAAAUAAUGAGCAUUGUGAGGUUUUCUCCAAAAUAGAACAAACAGAUACUGGUUACAACUGUAUCUGUGAUAAAUCUAAAUGCAAAACUGAUGCAAGAUGUAAAACUGAAAAUCACCCUGAGGCGUACUGUACCAAGGAUGGAUAUUGCACUGAAGAUUCGUCCCCUACAACAGUGAUAGAAUUACCAGGAUGCUCAGAUUCGGAUCGAAAAGUUUGUGAAUCUAAAGCGUGGCUAGAAUGGAAUGAAAAAACAUGUAUAUGCAAAAAGAAAUCUUGUCGAAAAAACGCUGAUUGUCCGGAUGAGUUUGAAUGUGAUCGGGAUGGUGAAUGUCAGGAUUGUGGGAAAUCCUGCUCUGGGAAAGAAGUAGAGAUUCCUUCAAGCUGUUUUCCAACUGUAGCUGCAGAAUGUCUUUCUCUUAGACGCUCUGGUAAAACAGUGGUUUAUGAUGAAGACAAGUGUAGAUGCUAUCAAGUUGAAUGUAAUUUAGACAAGGAUUGCCCAAAGAAAUCUGAUAAAUGUGAGAAGAAUAUGUGUGUUCCUGGUCCUAAGACUGUAGAAUGUUCAAGGGAUCAAGAUUGUCCGAACUGGUAUACUUGCAUCAUGGAGAAAUGUCAAUUUUUGCCUGAAUGCCCUAAACGGAGUUAUAGAAUAAGAAAUACUUGCGUCCCAGGAUGUGAAGAUGACAACGAUUGUUAUGAAUAUGAAACCUGCCGAAUAAAUAUUGAUCAAGAAACAGGAAAAAUGUCCCCAGGAAAAUGUCAGCUAAGGAUGCAGUCACCUCCCUGCAGUUUGGAACUGCACUAUCAAGAGGAUGACCGCUGUCUUCCAGUUUGUAAAACCCAUGAAGAUUGCAAUUAUUUCAGGCGGGGUUCUGAACCUGGCACCAGAAUGUGUUUAUUUGGAAGAUGCGAAAAUUUAAUAAUUUCAUGUGCUUCUCAAGCAUGCAGAGAUUUGAAUGGAAACUGCUGUGGUGGAUUCUGUUGUUUGGAAACAAGGACAGUUACAAUUGUAACUGUAAAAUCAACAUACAUAACAAAAACUUCUAGUUACCAUGUUUGGGAGACUGCUGAGAAAUACAACACCCUUAUCCGUUGUCGAUCGUAUAGCGACUGUCCUAGAACAGAUUUUUGUGAUAUAAAGGACAACAAAGCUUGGGGUAUAUGCCUGUCACAGACAUCAUGUACCCAGAGAACGUUGAGCAAAUGGCCCUGGAAUACAGAGUGUGUGGACGAAUUCAUUGUUAGAAAAAACUGCUACGAGCACAGUACUUGUAACAAUAUGUAUGUGCCAAGUCAGUGUGCUUUAACAACCAAGGAGUUUGUGUGUUACCCAAUUCCAUUAUCUAAAUGUCAUUCUGGCUGUGAAUGUGACCGAGAACGGAUGUUUUGCCAUUAUUCACCUGUAACGGAGACAAGAUGGUGCACUAACGACAGAGAUUGUGACGAAGGAUGGACAUGUAAACGGGGAGAAUGUUAUUUUGAAAGUAAUUCUACUUGCACAGUUCAAGAAACUGCCUCUAAGUGUGGUAGCAGAUCUAUUUGUGAUAAUUUCAAGUGUAUUGUGUACACACCCCAAUGCUGGAGAAACACUGACUGCCAAGGAACAGCAUUAUGUGUCUGGGGAUAUUGCCAGUAUACAACACUGGAAACUAAACCUAGUAAAGAGUCAUAUGAGUGCAAAGGAGACAUUUGCUUUAAGAAGUGUGAAGGGAAAGGAUGUAAACCACCAAUUGUUGGUUGUGGGAGUGAUAAUGACUGUGUACCCCCUCUUAAAUGCCUUUCACAACCAAGAUUCAGUGGUCGAACAUGUCAGGUCACUGAAUGUUACCAAUCAAGUGACUGUCCAUUAAACUGGAGAUGCAUUGACAGAGAAUGCUUACCAAGUAUUAUUUGUGGAACAGAUAGUCAAUGUCCUCGGCGUGAGGUCUGUAGUGAUGGCAUGUGUAAAAAUCAGCCAACUUGCAACUCAGAUAACAAUUGUUUUCAACCCAAUAAUAUUUGCCGCAAUGGUGAAUGCUUUAUCUCAUGCAGGUCACACCAACAAUGUAUGCCUUAUAACCUAAUAUGCGGCUCGGAAACAGAAUAUUGUGAGAAACCUCAAUGCAAGGGUUAUUAUGAUUGUAAGCUGGGAGAAAAAUGUGAAAACUAUAAAUGUGUUCCUGACAUUUCUUGUUCUGACUCUGGGGAUUGUUCUCAGCUGAUAACAAAUACAGAAAGCAUAAAUGGUGUACUUACAAAGGUCACUUACACUUGCAUUAUUGGCACAUGCAACAGACAAUGUUCACUCUCAAAUCCAUGUCCAGAAAACUAUAUCUGUAGAAAUUCCCAAUGUGAGCAAUCCCAAAGUUGUGAUCAUGAAAAGUGUGAUCCACCCUAUAUUUGCAGUAGAGGAAAUUGUGUUCCCUUUGACUGUAGAUAUGAAAUCUGUCCAGCCGGCCAAUUUUGCAAUUUGGAUUUUGUUUGUCAAACUUUUCCUGGAUGUGGAUUUAACACUGUAUGCCCACACAAUACCACAUGUAUAAAUGGAAUGUGUUUGAGUGAACCUAAAUGUAAAACAUAUAAAGAUUGUGACUUUGGUUUUGUAUGUGAAAAUGAAAAAUGUAUACAAGGAGUUUGUCCAAAAGGAUGUCGAAAUUGUUAUAAUGGUAGAUGUGUUGACUUUUGCAAUGAAGACAUCCCCUGCCCCAAAUCAAUGAAAUGUGAAGACAAUCAAUGCGUUACAAACCAAAAAUGUGGCAAAUGCAAAAAUGAUGAGGCAUGUUAUUUGGGGAAAUGUACAGCUAUUCAUUGCUGUUGUGAUAUUUUCUGCCCUGGACCAUUGAUAUGUAAUAAAAGACUUGGAGUGUGCAAAGAUUAUACUUGCGAUGAUGAUGAACAGUGCCAAAAAGAUGACCCUAAAGUUAUUUCUAUCAACUCUUGCCAGAAUGGAAAAUGUAAGGAACAAAAAAUUUGUAACUUUGAUUUUGAAUGCCCGGACAACCUAAAAUGUGAAUUUUACUACAAUGCCAAAACUCCUCGUGUAUGUCAAGAAAUCAAAAAAUACUGUACAUUUUCUGAUGAUCGAUGCAGGGGUGAUAAAUUCUGUGAUUGCAUGACAAAUCAGAAGGAAUGUCUAUGCAGAAAUCCGAAAACAGUGACGCAGUGUCAAUUUCCAACUGACUGCCCACAUGGGCAACGAUGCGACCUGAUGAAUGGCUUAUGCUAUUCAGUUGGAUCUUGCUUUGAAGACAAUCACUGUCCUUCUGGUUUUGAAUGUGAGAUUAGAUCAAGAGCUUGUGUUUUAAGAAGUACGGAGUGCCCAGAUGGUUUCAUUCUUGACAAGACAACAAGGCUGUGCUUACUGAAAUGUAACAGAAAUAGCCAAAUUUGUGAGGGAAAGUAUACUAUAUAUAUUGGUAAAUGUGAAGAUAAAACAGUAUGCAGACCAACUCCCUGUCAAAAAGAUAAUGAUUGCCCUAAAGAUUAUUUGUGUAAUGAUCGUAUAUGUAUACUAAAAAUAGUUGAUGUUUGCUAUAAUGACUUUCAAUGCAUGUUGGGAGAGAGAUGUAUUUUUGGAAAAUGUAGAAAAACAUGUGAGAAAUGUGGAAAGGGGCAGAUAUGCAAGUCUGGUGUGUGCAUUGAUGAAGAUACUGAAAUAGUUCCUAAGAUUAAAUGUCGCUUCAACACAAAUUGUCCCAUGGGUAUGAAAUGUGAUGGUCAAGUUUGUGAGAUUACUAAAGAAACAAACGAAUUUUGCCAUUUUGAUGAAGAUUGUGGCAAAUUCACAUUCUGUAAGGAAGGACACUGUCUCUGCUUCAGCAAUAAAUGCUACCAAGAGUGUUCUGAUAAGUGCCCAGAUCAGUUUGAAUGUCAAAAAGCAAGAGGCCAAGGAAUUUGUGUUCCAAUAAAUAAGAAUAACUGCCCCAUUCCUGGAAUGACUAAAAUUGAUAACUCUUGCAGAUUUCCAGAAUGCUUUGACCGCUCACAAUGCAGUAGCGGAAUAUGCUUUCAAGGAUUCUGCCAAACUCAUGAGUUUUGCAGUUCUAGAUGUCCAGCAAGGUACAAGUGUAAAUUUGGCAUGUGCAUUGAAACAGAAAAUAUUUGUCUUACAGAUCAAGAUUGUGUGCAUUUUGGCUAUGCUUUUUGUGAUAAUGGGAUCUGCACAAGAAAAAUCUUUGGAGGUUGUCCUGUUGGAAUGGUUCUAGGGGACGGUUAUAUAUGCAGAAAAGAGAUGUGUCAGCAAGACAAGGAUUGCAAAAAUAAUCUGUCUUGUAGAUUAUCCUCUAAUGAGGAAUAUGGUAUUUGUGUGGAAAAUAUCACUUAUGUGGCACCACCUAAAAAAUGUCAAAAGGGAGAAUACAAAUUAUUAGGAGAAUGUGUAGCACUGCAGUGUACACAUCAUGGCCACUGUCCUCCAUCAGAAUUUUGCGUGAUGGGAAUGUGCCAAGAAAGAUCACCAGAAUGUGAACCUUUUACUUUAAGCAAUAUGUGUGGUAAAGAGACAUGUAACCCUGCAAGAAGAUGUGGCCUAGGUUGUGAAUUUUGUCCACCAGAAACACAUAACUGUAUGGAUAAUUUCUGUAGUCCUAAAAUAGAGUGCAGUGACAAUGCAGAUUGUCCCAGUGAUGCUACUUGUGACAUCCCAACAAACAAUUGUAAAUUCAAUCAGAUCUGGAUAACCUGCAAUCAACAGUUCCCUUGUCCAAUGGGUUUUUAUUGUCAUGACAAUAUCUGCAUUGAUAGCUGCAAGGAUGGAAGGUGUUUAAGAUUCAAGGAUGUCUGUACAAGAUUUGGUUGCCUACCUGAAACAAAAUGUGAAUUAGAAUGUCCAUUUGAAGGGCAAUUUUGUAAGAAUGGAAAAUGCAGGGCUAUCUGCAGAACUAAUGAUGAAUGUAAAGAGGGACAAAUCUGUAUUCAAGGGCGCUGUGAAACACAAGAGUGUUCGGAGAAUCUUUGUUUCUUGUGCAAUCAAAGAAAAUGUCCUGGUAAAUGUAUAGAUAAUGUUUGCAAUGAGCAAAUACGAUGCUCUAAUGAGGAUACUUGCAGUCUUGAUCAAGUGUGCAUGUUUGAUGAAGAUCUUAAAAUAAAAAUCUGCAAACCUAGGAUAUGUAAAACAAAUGAAGAUUGCUUUCCCUUAUCAUGCCUUAAGGUAGGGAAAGAGACAUCAUUAUGUGGACCCUCGAUUUCUAUUACAGAAACAGGAUGCGAUCCAUCACAACUCAAGUCAUGCCCAGAAGGACAAUCUUGCUUCUUUGGUAGAUGUGUUGUCACAUGCAACAAAUGUAAUAAAGGCAAUUGUAGGCAAAUUUCUAACUUUGAGAUUUGUGAAGAAACAUAUGAAUGUCAGAAUAAUAAACAAUGUCCUUACGGACAUAUUUGUAAAAACAAAAAAUGCUACCUUACUGAUUGUCUUGAAACAAUCGAUUGUAAAGGAUCUGAAAUCUGCUUGUUUGGAGAGUGCAUAAAAGUAGAAACUUUUGAAUACUGUUCAGAAAGUACUCCAUGUAAGGCUGGAGAAGAAUGUGUUGGAGGUCUUUGUACUCCCUACACCCUUUGCUCCUCAGACUCAGAUUGUGUUAUGUCACCCUCUGGCAUAGAUUUGAGAUGUGAUGAAUCUUUUAGUUUCAGGUCUAGGAAAGGAAUUUGCUUGAGAAGAAUUUUAUGUAACAUAAACUUAGUUGGAAAUAAAUUCUUCAGCAGAGGUGGUUGCCCUCAUGACAUGACAUGCAGAAGAGAUGGGUACUGUGAAAGCAGAAAAUGCUCAGGAAAUGAUUGCUCCCAAGAAUCUGGAUGCACUGGAAUAAUGCCGAAUUAUUUCAAAAAGAUUUGUUUUCCUUCAUUUAGAUGUACUAGAUCAUCACAAUGUGGGAUUUACAAAAUUUGUCGAGGUACUUGUGUUAAUGUGUGUCCUCAUUGUAAGGAUGAAGAAAGAUGUGUAGAUGGAAUAUGUACUCUAUAUCCAAGAUGUGAAGGAGUGGUUUGCCCACCUAGACAAGUUUGUAGGGAUUCUGUCUGCAUUCCAGAUUUUGGAAAAUGUAUGACCCAUGAAGAAUGCGGCUCUAAAUGUGGUUGCUUUGCUGGAAUCUGUAAGUGCAAUACCAAGACAUGCCAAAACUCAGAAAUCUAUGAAAAAAACCUGAAUAUCUGUGUCAGGACAUGUAAAGGAGAAUGUCCUGUGGGAUACUUUUGUGAAAAGAAAACAAAAACCUGUAUUCCUGAUAUGACAUGCGCCAAAGAUUCCAGUUGUCCCGUUGACAUGGUUUGUAGAAUAAACGGAAAGCCCUGCAACGGUGAAGAGGAAUGUAGGUGCUUUUUCCAAGAGGUUUGCAGUAAAUGUACAAGAAACAAGUGUGUAGAAAAUCUUCAAGUGUGUCCUGUAGUUCCAAGUGAAUGUGAAAAUUGUGGUAAAGGUUUCAUUUGUCCAAAAUUCAACUUUAGAGAAUCCCCAAAAACUUGUCAUGUGAUUUGUAACCCCAUGAACCCACUUUCAUGUGAAAACAUGUAUGAAUGUAUUAUGGAUAGUAACUCAAAUUAUGUAUGUGUUCCCCAAACACGAUGCUCUAUGAAUUAUGACUGUAUUCCACCAAUGGAAUGUAAGAACUCAUAUUGUCAAGAGAAAGAAUGUCAUGCGAAGAAAAAAUGCAAGUUUGGAUAUUACUGUGAGAAAGGGAAAUGCAUAGGCCCCUUAUUAGAGAAUUAUUGCAUGGAACAUCUUGAUUGUAAAGAUGGGUCCUGCAGAAAAUUUAAGAAUGAGACAUUUGGAAUUUGUACACAAUGUUCUAAAGAGUGUGCAGGGAAAUGCAUUGACAAUGAUUAUUGCCCUGAGGAAAGUACCUGUGGGAUUGAUUUACACUGCUCCUCAUUGGAAAAGUGUAAAAAUGGAACUUGUGUUACAAAUGGUUGUGAUUCCUGCACCAAUGGAUAUUGCAUCAAUGGAAGGUGUAGAGUACAAGUUUGUUUUAAUGAUGGACAGUGCCCAAUAGAUAUGAAAUGUGAAGGUGGAUUUUGUCAAUAUUCAUGCCCUAAUCAGAGAUGUUUAUCUGGCCAAGAUUGUAUUGAAGGAGAAUGCUCUGUUGGGGAGAAAAUUUGUGAUGAAUGUAAGCAAUUAUGUGUUUUUGAUGAGAAAAAAAAUGCUGAGAGCCCAAUGUUUUGCAUCUAUGAAAAAUGCAUGAAUGAUGAAGACUGUCCUUUCGCCACAUUGUGUUUAAAAGGACUGUGCCGGAAACCUGGAAUUAUUCUUAACUGUGGAAAUAGAGCUAACUGUCCUAACAAGAUGGAAUGCAAGGAAGGAAAGUGUGUCUCCACUCUUCAGUUCUGUACAAUGGAUUCAAACUGUCCUCAAGGUUUUAUUUGUAAGAAUAGAAAAUGCAUCGUGCAGCCAACAUGUAGCUUUGAAAACCCAUGCUUCCAAGGAUUGUGCAUCAGAGGAGUAUGCCAAACAAUCUGUGAUAAUUCAUAUUCCUGUAGACCUAAUUAUCAUUGCUUAAAUGGUGCUUGUGUGCCAAACUGUAAAUCAUUUAUAUCAUGUGGACAAGCACAUUAUUGCCAAGAUAACAAAGAUUUUGGAAUUUGCAGGCCUAUCUGCUAUGAGGAUGGAGAUUGUCCAGCUGAAGAAAUUUGCUACUUUGGAGAAUGUAAAGUUACAAACUAUGAGGAAUGCAGAGGGCCUACUCUGAGAUAUUUUAAGGGAAUAUGCCGUAGUGUAUGUAAUCCUGACCUGGGACUUUACUGCAGUAAAAAUGAACUUUGUGACAAUGGACUUUGCCUCAAAUAUAUUAUGUGCAGUGAUGACAUGAGCUGUCCAAACAGCAUGAAAUGUGAUGACAAGCGUGGUCUAUGUGUUACCAAAAGAUGCAAGUGCACAAGUGAAUCAUGUAAUAAUGAUUGUUAUCCUGGACAAUGUGACUCUGGAACUUGUAGCAUCACAAACACUGUUCCUUGUGCAGGUAAUUAUGUUACUGACAGCAAGGGUAGAUGUGUUCCUAGUUGCAAACUACAAAAAAGUAAAUGUCCAGAUAAACAAGCAUGUAAUGAUAUGACUGGUCUCUGUGAAGUACAAGUGAAUUGCAAAAGUAACAGCUGUCCUCCCGGAAAGUAUUGUAUAAAAGGAAAAUGUCAUGACUUUGAGUGUUAUGACAACAAUGUUUGCAGAUUAAAAUAUGAGCAGAGAGGAAUCUGUUAUUAUGGUACAUGUAUUGAAGGACUAGAACGUUGUACAAAUGACAUUUGUCCAAAACCAUACAAAUGUAUUGACUCAGUUUGUGUUAAAGAUACUUGUAAACAAGGAGAGAUAUUUAUUAAUGACAUGUGUAUUGAGCAAAUCGCUUGUCACCCUUUUAAGCCUUGUCCUAGCCCAAUGAAGUGUUCUAGAGGAAUGUGCAUUGAUAGAAACUGUCCAGCAGAAUCAUGUCCUCCAAGUUUUCAGUGCAUAUCCUCCAAAUGUAUCCCAUUGAAAUGUUAUGAUGAUGAAGGUUGCAUGGGUUCUAGGUGUGACAUAAUAGAAAAUAUUUGUAGGCCACCUUGUCCAUGCCCUGCUGGUCAAUAUUGCAGUGAACUAAAUUACUGCCUUCCCAAGGUGCAAUGCGAUAGCUUUUUAAAUUGCAAAGAAGGAGAAAUAUGUUUUAACAGAAUGUGCAAACAGGUACAAUGUAUGGUUGAUGAGCAGUGUCCUAACUCAAAACCUUUAUGCAUUAGAGGAGUCUGCUCAAUGAAGAUUGUGUCAUGCAAUAGCACAUUGGAUUGCUCCAAUUCAGUUGUAGCCAAUGGGUUGGAAUGUGUCAACAAUGCCUGUACACAUAUUUACAAUUGUCCAUUUAAUGAUUGUUUAGACCAUGAGUAUUGCUCAAAAAAUAAGUAUUGUGUUUUCCAAAUAAAAUGCAUUGCAAGUUGUCCACAUGACAUGUACUGUGAGCCUUCCAAAUCAAUGUGUAUGGAAAUAAAUUGCAAUAAAGAGAAAGAGUCCACAGCUGAAUUGGUUUGUCCAGACUCCAGAUUUUGCAACUCAAAAACAUUUAACUGUGAAAUACCCAAGAGCUGUCAAUGCAAAGCAAAUCAGAAGUGUAUCAAUGAAAAUUGCUACCCAUUGUGUGAUAAAAAAUGUGAAAAAUGUAACAAAAAUAAUAUUUGCAUUACAAGAAAAUGUUCUAAUGUAAACAAGUGUGAUGUUCAAAAAUAUUGCGAUCCUGAACUAGGGUGUAAUAUCCCACCUUGCUAUUCUAAAAAAGAUUGUAAAGAUGAAGAAGUUUGCAUAAAUGGCAUUUGUGUAAAGGAGAGAGUGGAGAAAUGUGACAAAAAAUCAUGCGGAAAAAAAGAAAUUUGCAGAUGGAGCCGUUGCCUUCCAGAGGAGUUGCAAAUAUGUACAAGAGAUAUGGAGUGUCCUUAUGGAUUUAUGUGUAACCUUUACUUAAGGGUUUGCUAUCCUAGAAUUGUCUGCAUUCGAAACCUAGAUUGUGCUUAUCCAACCCAAUGUUCAAAUGGUUAUUGUGAACAUAGUUAUCUAACAAGCUGCAUGAAUAAUUUACAGCUUAUUGACCAACAAUUGUGCAUUCCUAGUACAAUUUGUUUGUCUAACUCUGACUGCCCACUUGGAGAAUUCUGCAGGGAUAAAAAAUGCUCCACUCGUUGUAACAUUGACUCUGAUUGUCCUCUUUCACACAUUUGUGGAGUGUUCAAUGUAUGUACAGAAGAAAAGGUUUGUGAUACAUGCACUAAGUCUGAGAUAUGUGUUAAAAAACAAUGUCAUCAACAAGAAUGUUCUUCAAAUUUUGAAUGCCCUCCUCAACUUCCUAUCUGUUAUGCUGGAACUUGUAUCCCUUUUGAAAGAUGCUCAGCAACAUGUAAGAACUGUAUCAAUAACAUUUGUGUUAAUUGCAAAGACUGUCCUGCUCCAUGUAAAGAUGGCUCAAAUUGCCAACUCAUUAAUCCUUGUGAUAACUGUAGAAAAGAUGAAAUUUGCAGAAAAGGUCAAUGCAAAAAAGUCUGCUCCAAGAGCAUGGACUGUCCAUCUAAUACAGUCUGUUUAAAUGGAGAGUGUACUUCUUAUUAUAAUUGUCCCUGUAAUAUUGGAGAACUUUGCUUUGGAGAUAAAUGUAUUCAUUCACAAUGCUUUACAGACUCAGACUGUCCUGGCUCAGAAUUUUGCCUUUAUGGAUCCUGUCAAUACAGAGAAUUUUGUAUCCAAGAUGAACAUUGUCCAUUAGGGUAUGCUUGUCUUCAACGUGUGUGCAUCAAAUCAAUGUGUAAUUGUAAAAACUUUGAAAAAUGUUACAAAAACCAAUGCUAUAGAGAAACAAUUUGCUAUAGUGAUAGACACUGUCCUCAAGAUAUGAAGUGUAAUCCUGAAACUAAAACAUGUGAAAUAACAAACUGUCAAGAAAAGUGUGCUUCAAUUUCUCUGAAAUGUAGUCCAGAAAUACAACUUUGCAUUCCAAUAUUUAUGUGUUUUAAUACUAAAGACUGCAAAGGAAAUGAAGUAUGUAAUCCUGUUCUAAAUAUAUGUGAGAAGAAAGAUAAUUGUUAUCUUGAUGGCAAAGACUGUCCCAAUUGUGAAGAUGUACCUUGUCCAAGCAACUUUAAAUGCAUCAAAGGAAAAUGCCAAGAGACUUACAAUUGUCUUGACUUCCCUUGUCAAGCCCCACAAAUCUGUAUUGAACAUCAGAACCAAUUCAAAUGCAUAACUCCUGGAUGUAACGGUGAUAAGGAUUGUCCUUAUGACAUGCACUGCUCAGAGGGUAGAUGUGUUGAUCAUAAAUGCAACCAAUUGUGCAGUGGUGACAAACAAUGCAGAAAUGGAAUUUGCCAGCUUAUUAUGAAGUGUCCCUGUCAACACAAUUUUUACUGUGGUAAAGAUCAACAAUGUUAUCCAGAAAGACCUUGCAACCCAAAUUAUCGGUCCUGUAACACUAGAGAGAAAUGUGUGUGUACCUCAGAAAAUUGUUAUUGCCAAGAGAUAGUCUGCACAGAUGUCCCAGGAUUAUGUAAAUCACCAGAAAUAUGUAGCAAGGAACUGGGUGUUUGUAUUCAAGCCCCAAUUUGUAGCAGUGCAAGUGAUUGCAUAAACAGUUGUUGUGACUUGUUAACAGAAAGAUGUGUACCCUGUUGUCGGUCAGUAAGGGAUUGCCUUUCAUUUCAGAAUUGUGAAAAUGGUCAGUGUGUUACAAUUAUGCCAGGCUAUCCUUCCACCUACAAGUAUAAUGAAUACUAUUACAGAAUUGAAUGUAGAUAUAAUGAGCAUUGUCCUAAUGCAAAUCAAGUAUGCUUUUAUGGUAUUUGUAUUGAACCACCUGAAAAAUGUGGUAAGUUUUGUAAUGGGGUAUGCAUUGGAGAGAAAGUAUGCAUAAUCUUAAGACAACCAUGGACAGAGAUAGUUAAAGAACAGACCUUUUUCUUGAGUUGUAAUGGUGUAAUAUGUAUUCCCAGAAUAAUAUGCUAUAAUAAUGAUCAUUGUCCCAAGAAUACUGAAUGCGGCCAGGAAAAUUAUUGUGAAAUCAUAAAAUGUGGACCAAAGAAGGAAUGCAAGGAUGAUAUUUGCCAGAAAGAUACAUGUAUUCCCUCAACAAGAUGCAACUCAAAGAAAGACUGCAAGGGAAAAGAGGUUUGUAUAAAUGGUGAAUGUACAGAAUCUUGUGAAUUAAAGUGCAGCAAUGAUAAGGAUCACUGCAGCUUGCUGACUAAUGGGUUUGGAGUGUGUAUCACUGAAAAAGGUUGUAAAAUAAAUAAUGAUUGCCCUCCUAGGCAUUUUUGUAUAAAUAAGAAAUGCGAAAGAACCACUCCAUCAUGCCCCUUCGAUUCUGUUGAGAUGGGAGGAGUUUGCCAUACAGCAUUUUACUGUACAAGGGAUAAUCAAUGUCUCCCAGAUCAUAUUUGCCAUCAAAAAUUCAGAAUUUGUUUGAAGAUUGACAAGUGUCAUUUCUUGCAAUGUGAGCCUGGCCAACAAUGUGAAGAUGGUGAAUGUGUAGGAAAGAUUCAAUGUAGGGAACACUCUGAUUGUCCUGAUAAAAUGGAAUGUUUUAAAGACAGAAAUAGACAAAGCUCUUGUGCUUUUGUGUCAUGCCACUCUCAGAACUGUAGAGGACCUUACUACAGAUGUAUAGAAAAUUUCAAGUCAAGAAGUGUCUGUACACCAGUUCCUAUUUGUACAAGUGAUGCCCAAUGUUUUAGAAAUGAAAAGUGCAUAAACUACAAAUGUGUCAAAACUUGUGAAGGAAGUUGUGCGUCAGGGGAGAUAUGUAUAAACAAUGUUUGUAUUUGGAAUUCUGCCUGCAAUCCCAGAUGUGGGAUUCAAGAAUAUUGUCAUAUUACAAGGGAUGAAAGGUACUGCCGACCUAUAGAAUGCACUAAAAAUAUACACUGUCCAAAGAAACAAUCAACUUGCUUCUUUGGAAAGUGUGUUGACACAUUUCGUUUUUGUGAGUUAGACAGAGAAUGUCCCCCAAAUAUGUAUUGUCAACCAUACAAAGAUUUCUCUAAAAGUGUAUGUCUACCCAUGGAGAAAUGUAAUCAAUGCAACAGUGAAAGUGUCUGUGUUCCAAAUACUAACAUUUGUGUUCCAAAAAUCGUCUGUGAAUUAGAUUUCAAUUGCCCUGAAGGAAUGCAAUGUGAAAUUGACAGUUUUGGUAACAAAAUAUGUCUUCCCAUCAUCUGUGAAAGUGACAAAGAUUGUCCAUCAAAAUAUUGUAGUAAGUCUUCAAAAGCAAACAUAUGCAUACCAUUGAUUGAACAUUUUGAGUGUUUCAGCAGUAAAGAUUGCAAAAUAAUUGAUCCUGAGUAUGAGUGUGUUCAUGGAGAAUGUUCUAAAACAAAGUGUUUGACUCAAAUAAAGAAUGGUAAACUGAUUCCAUCAGAUUGUAAUAAAAAUCAGUGUUUUGGACCUCUGGAUUGUCCAAUUAAAUACGAUUGCAUAGAUGGAACUUGUCACCUCAGUGAAUCUUGCAAAAACUGCAAAAAUAAGCAAUGUUUGAAUGGAGAAUGCAUAGAGGAAACAGAAUGCAAAGACUGGUUUAAUUGUCCUAAUCCUUAUAUUUGUAUAAAGGGAAAAUGUACCCUUCCUGAGAAAUGUGUUGGCUCAAGCUGUCCCUGCUUCUCCCAUGGUGUUAACUGUCCAGAUAUUUGCAUAGACACUGCCAUUAGCUGUCCUUUUUCUUCCAUGGAAUGCAAAAAUGGAAAAUGUUUGAUACCAAUUUGUACAAGAGACAGCCAGUGUAAUGGUCUUUUUUGCAUAGAUGGUAAAUGUGAAGCUCCUCAAACAUGUUCUCAGAGUACAUUCAAUUGCAUAUGUCUGAACAAUGUAUGCAUUUCAAACAGUAAAUGUCCAUGUCCAACUGGUUAUGAAUGCUACAGGAACACAAUUUGCUUGCCUACAGGUGUUAAAUGCAGUUCUAAUAUUCACUGCCCAGAGCACAUGAAAUGCAGGGAUGGUAUCUGCCAGUAUGAAGAAUGUAAUUCAGAAAAUGACUGUUCCUAUACAAGAAUUUGUGGAACAAAUGGUGAACUUUUUGGGUGUGCACCUAGUAUAACUCCUAAGUGUACUAACAAACAGAAGAAGAACUGUGUACCAUGCAAAGAGUCAUACCAUUGCCCUGAAUUAGGAAUGAUUUGCAAGGAUGAAAUAUGCACUUUUCAAGAAAGCUGUGAAAAUUGCAAGGAAGAUGAAGAAUGUGUAAAUGGAGAAUGUUUGAAACAAUGUAAGAAAAACUGCUCUAAUAAACAACGAUGUAAUGAUGGGCAAUGUAUAUCAAUAUCUGGAACAAAAUGCCCCAAAGGUGAAGUCUACAACAAAAGGUUUGGAUGUCAUCCAAAAAUCUCUUGCUUGACAAUAAAUCAUUGUCCAUCUCCAACUAAGUGUGAGCUCUCAAUUGGUGAGUGUGUUAAUUACUGCAAAGAUGAAGAUUGUCCACCAAAAUAUAAAUGUGUAGAAAACAUGUGCAUUCCUGUUAAACCCAUUCAAGAGUGCUUUCAUCAAAAUGAAUGCACUGCAAAAACUUACUGUGAUAAUCUUUUGAACAAUUGUAAAGACUACUGUGAUGAAAAAAACGACUGUGAACCAGAGGAAGUUUGCAUCAACAGGAAAUGUGUUUCUGAAACCUCAUGUGGAAAGUGUCCAGAAUAUUACAGAUGUUUAAAUGAUAAAUGUGUUCCCAUUCAAUGCAUUUACCCUUAUCAAUGUGGUAAGAAUUCAAAGUGUAGAUUUGGAACAUGUGUUACAAUAUCUGAAUGCAAAUCAGAUUUUGAGUGCCCCUGGAAACAGAAAUGUAUAGAUGGGAGGUGCAGUGAGUCAUAUGAGUGUGAUAAAUCUAAAUGUGACAAGUACUAUUUCUGUCAUAAGUUUUCUGACUUGUCUGCCUGCAUUCCAGAAAUAAGCUGUAACGAAAAUUGUCCAAUUGGAAUGAAAUGUUUCAAGAAGAAAUGCAUUCCAGACUGUGAUGGAAAAACUUGUAAGCUCUCUGAAUACUGCCUAAACGGAAAAUGCACCAAACCAGAAGGCAAAGAAGUUGAAGAAUGUAAAGUUAAUAAAGAUUGCCCAAGAAAACAUGUAUGCAAAAAUGGCGUUUGCGAAGAACAAGAAUGUUUUUAUGAUAAUGAUUGUCCAAAAUUCAACAACAUAUGUAUCAAUUAUAAAUGCUUGCCACCAAAAUGCUUUUCUCACCGUGAUUGCAACACCUUUCCGUAUACUUUCUGUGAUGAUGGGCAGUGUAUCGAUAAUCGAUGUAAUGACCUAUCUUUUGAAUUUGAUAAAAGAUGCACCCCAUUAAAAUGUCCUUGCAUGUCACCUUUCAUCUGUAAAAAUGAGCAAUGUAACAUGUGUUCUUCUAAUAAAGAUUGUCCUCUGGGAACUGUUUGUGAGCAAAUUAAUAAACAUCUGUCAAGGUGUCAAAGACCUUCAAUAAUAUGUGUUAAUGAACAAUGUGGAAAUGACCAAAUAUGCUGGAAUGGCCAAUGCAAGGAUAGAUGCAACUGCAAGGAGAAAAAUUCUUGUGGUUUGGGAUCUGAUUGUGUGUUUGUGCGAAGGGAUGAGUGUGCCUGCCUGACAAAUUGUAAAAAAGACUGCAAUAGAAGAUCUCAGCAGUGCAUAGAGAAUAAAUGUAUAUAUCCUAGUUGUUCACGGGAUUCACAUUGCCAACAUCUAAAUGAGUAUUGUUCAGAUGGAGUUUGUAUGAUAGUCAAAGAAUGUAAAAAGAAAUCAGACUGUCUUAAAGAUCUUGAUUGCAUAGAGGGAGUUUGCAUAAAAGAAAAACAAUGUGAAAAUUCAGGAAAGGAAACUUGUAUUUCUGGAAAAAACUGUAUUCCAUAUGACAAAGGAAGCAUCUGUCUUCCAGAAGAGGUUUUUUGUCUUACAACUUGGGACUGUCCAGAAAUGAUGGAGUGUCAAUCAAAUGUUUGUAAAUUUCUUUAUUGUUCCACUGACUACAACUGUAACUCACCUAUGUCUAAACCAAGAGAAUGUAAAAAUGGAGUGUGCAUUCCCAAAUUGUGUUCUGGCAAUAAAUGUGAUGAAUGCAAUAAUGAUAAAAAAUGUGAGAAGCCCUUAAAAUGUGUAAACAAGAGAUGCCAGACUAGCCUGAUGUGUGAACCACCAAGAAUGUUAGUAAAUGGAAAAUGCACUGAUUGCCUAGAGCACAAAGACUGUCCCUUCAACACUUUGUGCAUUUAUGGAUUCUGUAAAUUUCCGGAACUAGAAUGUGCAAAAUGUAAAUCAGGAGAGAAGUGUAUAUCUGGAGUCUGUGCAGAUUGUAAAAUGCUGAACCCAUUCCAAGACAUUUCAGAAGAAUGCAAGUACUGUCAACGUGACAUAGAUUGUUAUCCAAAUCAAUGUAUUAAUAAUCAAUGUAAAUCUGGCUCUUGCAUUUACAAUUCAGAUUGUCCUAAAAAUACAGUUUGUAUAAACAAUAGAUGUACUGCUAAAUGUUCAGUUGAUAGUGACUGUUUUCCAGAAGAAAUUUGUGAAGAUGAGCGAUGUGUACCAAGGUGUAAGGACAGCAGUCAAUGUACAGAUGGCCAAUGGUGUGACAGGGUUUGCAAAACUAUAGAGUGCUUAACUAAUCAAGACUGCAAUGCUCCAUUUGAGGUUUGUUACCGAGGAUUUUGCCAGAAGGUGAAGAGAUGUUAUGAUGAUUCUCACUGUCCUAGUGGUCAGUACUGUGAAGGAGAGAAAGAUCAAAGAGUCUGCAUUAUUGAAAGGACAGAUUGCAGUAAAGUUGAUAGAAACCAAUGUAGGUCAAUCAAAUGUUUUGAGACCUGGCAAUGCCCUCAAAAUAUGGUUUGCAAUAAGUUUAGAGAAGCAUGUGAACCAAUAAAUUGUGAUUCUAAAAAAUGUCCCAAGGGAUAUUUUUGUUAUAAAGAAACUUGCAUUCCUUCUUUCCCAAUAAUUAUUCCUGAGUGUGAUGACACUACAGAUUGUGAAUUUGGCCAAAUUUGCCUAAAUAGAAUUUGUACAAAUCUUAAUUGUUAUAGUGAUAACUUUUGUCCAUCUGAUUAUGUUUGCAUUGAUGGAAAAUGCAAAACUGAGCAGCCACCCUGCAAAGAUAACUGUGGUUGUAAAUGCAGCAGGACAGAAGUUUGUUAUGAAAAUAAAUGCCUUACUAUAAGAUGUAACAGAAAUUCAAAAUGUCCCUUCCCAAUGACUUGUAACUCAUUUAAUCUGUGUGAACAUACUUCUUGUGAAAAUUGUCCAAAAGGAUAUGAUUGUCAAAAUGAUAGAUGUACACUAAUCAAAUGCAAAAUGAACAAGCGUGGUCAAUGUCAGUGUGAAAAAGAUUAUGACUGUCCACCACCACUUAAAUGUAUUGACAAUACUUGUAAACAUGAAUGUAUUCAAGGAAAUGAAUGUCCUCAUAGUCAGCCAUGUUUGGAGAAUCAAUGUACAAAAUUAGGUUGUCUUCAGGACUAUCAUUGUGGAUGGGGAAAGUAUUGUAGUAAUGGAGAAUGCAUUCCAGUGGAACGAUGUAAUCUUUUCAACUUUUACAAGUUAAGCUAUAAUUGCUUGCGGGAAAGAACUUUAAAAGAGGAGAGUUGUCAAAGGAAAAGUGACUGCAAAGAAGGAUAUACAUGUGAAGGAGGAAUAUGCAUUCCAAAGUUCAUAAGAUGCAAUCAUAACACUGACUGCCCAGAAGUGACAGAAUGUAGCUCAAGUGGGUUAUGCAAAUUAAACUUCUGUAAUCAAGAUGAUGACUGCAGUAGAAGAAGAGUCUGUGUAGACAGACUUUGCGUUCCAAAGCUUCAAUGUGAAAAAAACUCUGAUUGCAAUUUAGGUUACAAAUGCAUUCGCUCAGCUUGUGAACCACCUUGUACAGAAUUUUCAUGUAAUGAUGGUUUCAAGUGUAACUUAAAAACAUUGGGUUGUGAACCAGAAAUAGCAACUUGUGGUCCUAGAAAUCCAUGUCCUGAUGGCCAGCUUUGUAGAAAUGGAGAGUGCGAAAGUCCCUUCUGCACACCCAUGUUUGGUUGUCCAAGUGGUACUAUCUGCAUUGCUGGAAUUUGUACCAAGCCUUGUCCAUGUGAAAAGGGAUUCAAGUGCAGAAAUGAUAUGUGUUUGCCAGACCCUAUAGAAAUUCAAUGCUUUAAGUCAUGCCCAUUUCCUUAUAAAUGUAUUAAUGGUCAGUGUUCAGAUGAAUGUGAAGAUGAUACAGACUGUGAAUACUCACAAACACUAGAGUUUGAAUGCAAGAAAAAAUGUGUGCCAAAAUCAUGUACAGAUAUUUGCAAGCAAAGAUCAAAAAUUUGUCUAAAAUCUAAAUGCCAAGCAAUUGAGUGUUUAAAUGAUAGGGACUGUAGCAGUGGUAUUUGCUUCCUGGGAAAAUGUAUAAACCACAUAAAAGAUAAAUGCCAAAGAAAUGACAACUUACAUCCCACUUUUCUUCAUUGUCUACCAAGAGAAUACUUUGAUAGUAAUAAAAUUACUCCUCCAAAAAUAUAUUGCUUUAGAGAUGAAGAUUGUCCCUCUGAAAUGAAAUGUAAUCCUCAAAGAAACCUGUGUGAGAUUAAAGAGUGUUAUCGUCCAGUUGGCAAUGGCAGAGAGAGUUCUUUUGAUGAAUGUGGACCAAGACGAAUGUGUGCCAAAGUUGGAAAACAAUCAUAUUGCCUCCCAGCAUUUGAAUGUGAAUUUGGCCAAUGCAGACAUCCACUUACUCCAACCAGUAAUGUGUAUAAGUGCCAUGAAUACUUGGAACUAUGUUAUGUUUCUGAAAACGAAUGUGUCAAGGAUAAUGAUUGUAAAAGUCAGCAAAUCUGUCACAAUGAUGAGAGGACAAGUGUAAGAAAAUGUAUAAGCACAUCAUGUUCUCCAAAGAAAAAUUGCCCAUCUCAACUUCCAGUAUGUAUCCAGAGGCAAUGUCAAGAAUGUAGUAAGUGUAAAAGCAAUAGAAAUUGUCCAGGUAGACAAAUUUGUUUUGAUAAUGAGGAAAUGAGUUGCUGCAUUGAUCCACCACCAUGCAAUAAUCCUGAAGACUGCAGAGAGGUUUUCAAAAAGGAUGAAGACUUUUGCCAUUUCCAAUCAUGUAUUCUGUGUGAUUCUGAUUCAGACUGUCAGAAUAAUUAUCGCUGUCACCCAAAAAAACGCUUUUGCUACAGAAGCUGUUUUGACAGAAUGUUUAGAUGUCCUAAGUGGAAAGAAUGUCUGCAUGGAGAAGAUGGCAUUGAAGUAUGUAAAGAAAAGCUUGAAUGCACUGACAACUCAUGCCCCUUUACUAAGAGAUGUGAUAAAAAAGAAAAGAAAUGCGUUGAAAAAUGUCCAAGAAAUCCUUGCAGCAAAAAUGAACGAUGCAUAAAUGGAUUAUGCUUCAGGUUUGGUGUAGAAGUAUGCUAUGAUGACAAAUAUUGUAGGGAAAAGGAUCCUAAGGCCCCUUUUUGCGAGAAAACUAAAAAGGUUUGUGUAACAUAUUCAACCACAAAGUGUACUUCUGAGUGUCCUGAGAACUACAUUUGUAGGAAAGUUAAACAAACCGAUCCAUUCAAAUCAUGCUUGAGGGUUUGCAAUUCCCCAAGUGACUGUCCCCAAGUGAGUGAUGGUAGAGUGGAAUGUAUAUCCUUAAAGCAGUUUGAUGAAGAAACUAUAAAUAAUGUGUGUGUACCACAAAUUAUAUGCAAUGACAACUCACAGUGUGCCAAAGGAGAAAUCUGUGUUGAUGGGAUAUGCAAAAUUAACAUACCUGAAUGUACCAAGGAUACACAUUGUAGAAACAAUCAAUAUUGUGACAAGAUGUCAGUUCCAUUCAAGUGUAAGACAAUCAUAUGUGUAAUUGAUAGAGAUUGCAAAAAGGAUGGGUUGAAAUGUAGAAAUGGACAAUGUGAGACAGUUACAAAUAAUUGUAAAACUGAUUGUGACUGCAAAAAAUAUGAAUUGUGUGUGUAUGUUGAUUUUGAAAAAAAAUGUGCAUCUGUUUCUUGUGAUUCAAGCAUUCAAGGCUAUUUAAAAUGCAUUAAUUGGAACAGUAAAUGUAUGGAUGGCUUCUGCAUUUCUAAUUGUCAGAAUUGCUGCCGCAGAGGGUUGAAAUGUGAUUCAAGAGGUCUUUGUGAAGGUGAUACUAAAACAACAACAGAAUCAGUUGAAUCUACAACUAAUGGAGAUGAUGAAGUAUGUAGAAACCCAAGUAAAAUCUGCAAGGGAAAAGAAACAUGCAUCAGGCGAUGUGAAAAGUGCUGCAAAUCAGGAAAAACCUGCAAAGUUGGAGGAGUUUGUAAAACCAGAUUUGAAAACAUUACACCAGAUUUACCUUCAUUUACCACACCUGACAUAGUUAUCACGGGAAGCUCAACAGAGCCGCCAAUUGUCCAUUCAACUUGUGAAAAUCCAGACGAAGUCUGUGAGGGUAAACCUCGAUGUAUAGAAAAGUGUAAAAAGUGUUGCAAGAAAGGAAAUCAGCAAUGUGGCGUACAAGGAACUUGCAGAACAAUAGUAGGAAGUAUAGUUCCUAUAUUAGGUGAAGGAUUUUGUGCCUACUGUGAUCCCAAGACAGAAACUUGUAAAGAUAAUCAAUGUGUUCCAAUUGAUCAAUGUCAAUUAAAAAAUAAAGAGUGCAAAGAAAAUGGUAAUUGUGUCUAUGAGUGGGACACCAAACUAAAAGAUCAUGAUGGUAAAUGUUUUUAUCCCAUUGAAAAAUGUGGUGGUAAAUGUAGUCCAAAAGAUGUAUGUACACUGAGUACAAAUUGUACCAAAGAGGAACCACCAUGCUCAUUAAAAUGUCAAAAAGGCUAUGAAUGCAAUCCUAAAUUUAGAACAUGUACUCUUGUGGUUGAAAGCAUUGGAUGUAAUAACCUAAGGUGUAGUGAUGGUGAAGUGUGUACUGAUGAAGCAAUAGGUCAAAGAUUUGGCAGGAAAAAGCUAGACACACCCACAUGUAUCAGAAUUCCAGAUUGUUCCCAUUUUAAAACUGGAUUUUGUUCUCAUCAACCAUGCACAUCUGUAUUCACAUUAUCAAGAAGAGUAAACUAUGAACACAUUGGGUUGUGUACCUUUUCAAGUGUUUGUCCAGAAGACGCUUGUGGUGUUUAUCGUGAUACUGUAGUUAAAGUAGCAGAUGGAAACUGUUUGUGCAUGCCUAUACAUCCUGAUUGUCCAAUCUGUCUUGGAGAACAGAAAAAAAUUGAUAAAUGUAUAACAUCAGAUGGAUCAGACAUGAGAAAAUGUUUACCUCCGAAACCAAUAAAAAUAGAAAGAUGUGAUCCGGAAUGUACUGAUGGUAAAGUAUGCAUAGAUGGAAAAUGCUUUAACUUGCCCUGUGAUAGAUGUAAAAGCUGUCCUUCAGGAAUGAAAUGUGAAAAUUCUAAAUGCAUUAGUCACAAAUGUAAAUCAAAUCGUGAUUGUGAUAAAAGCUUUAUGUGCCAUGAAGUACAAAAAGUGUGCGUGAAACAUUUUGUGUCUGAUUGUAAUUACCAUAUAAAUUGUCCAAAGGGUUCUGGAUAUUGUAUUAACAAUUUGUGUACAAGAUCACCACCAAUAAUCUCUUGCAAAAAAGAUUCAGAUUGUCCAAAAAUGUUUAAAAAAUGCUCACCUCAAUCUCAAUGUAUUUCUCCACAUCCUAAAAUGAAGGAUAUUGUACUGAUUGGAUGUUUAUUUUCUACCCAAUGCUUAGAAACUCAAAUAUGUGUAAGCAACUGGUGCAGAGAGAAAUCUAAAAUAGUAUUUCCAGAAGACCACCAAAGCUAUGAUUGUCUGGAAAGCUCCACAGAAUGUGUACGUCAUAAAGAUUGCAAGGAAUAUGAAAGAUGUUUCUUUGGAAAGUGUCAGUUUGAAGUACCAACCGGAUGUUAUGCUUCUCCUGACUGUCCCAGAGAUACUCCCAUGUGCAUUAAUAGUAUCUGCCGAAAACCAGGAAGAGAACUUUGUGAUGUAAUUACAGAUUGUGGACCAACUUAUGGAUCAGUGAUCUGUAAUGAGAUUUGCAGACCACUUAUUGCAGAACCAUACUCUCCACCAAUGACAGAAUGUACAUACAAUACCCAGUGUGGAAGAAAUCGUUGGUGUGUAAAUGGAAUUUGUGUAAACUUUAAACCAGAGGGUGGUUGUGUAGAUCAUUCUGACUGCCCUAAAGGAGAAAAAUGCUAUAAUGAAAUUUGUAGAGACAUUUUCACACCUGUAAAUGGUUGUCUCGAAAACAAAGACUGUCCUAAGUCUCAUCAACAAUGUUACUUAUAUAAAUGCUUUAAUCAAAGAGGAAGAUGGUGUAACACAAACAAGGAUUGUUAUGCACACUCACCAAUUUGUAUAGGAGGAAUAUGCACCAACAAAAUUCUGUCAUGUGAAAAUAAUUUUGACUGUCCUCUAGAGGUGAAAAAGUGUCUAAGAGGAAAAUGUACUGUUGAAAUACCUGAUCAAAAAUGCAAAAUCCACAAGGAUUGCCCAAAAGAGAAGCCAUUCUGCUUCCAGGGCGAUUGUGUAUAUGACGUUUAUGAAUGGUGUGUAGAUGAUCAAGAUUGUUAUCACAAGUUCCCUUUUAGAACUACAGGACAUUGUCUCAAAAAUAAUUGGUGUAAUUCAACUAUGAAUGACAGGGGCUUUAAAGAGGGAACACCCCCAUGGAUGUCAACAAAAUGCCGAAGAGACAGUGACUGUUCCAAAACCGAAAAAUGUUUGAGUGGGCAGUGUUAUGCUCCUGAAUUGCUUCACAUAUUGUGCCGCUCAAGCGCUGAUUGUCCAAAAACAGAUGACUAUGUUUGCAGUGAGAAUGGUGUGUGUGUUCACCACAAGGAGAAAGAGACGUGUAAAAUGACAUUGAAGUGGGCAAAAAUGUAUAAUCCUUGUAAUGAAGAACUGGGUGAAACAUGUCACUGGCUUGAAGAUCAUUGUGUUAAGGAUGAAUCAAUGUUUACAUGUAAUAACCAAUCUGAUAAAGCAACUUGGGACAAGAUUAUAAUUCGCAGAGAAUUCUGUAAUCAAAAUGCUAAAGUGGGAAAAGAAUGUGAUGGUGACUAUUUGUGUAAGUUUAGACCAAGACGAAUCUUGUGUCAGUCAGAUAAUGAUUGUCCCAAUGAUAAUGAGUGUAGAGAACCAUCAGCACUGCCUGGAGAAAAAAUGAAAAUAUGCAUUCGCAAAAGAAUUGAGAAAGAUAUUGCGAACUAUCCUCAGUUUGAAACCCCUAUGCCAAUAUAUGUGGAAUCAAAGAAUUUUUCGUAUGGAGUGGUUGAUGGAUAUGAGUUUGAGGGACCAGAACCAAGUGCGGAAUGGAGUUCUUAUGAUGACCCCAAUAAACCUCCAAAACGAGGAGAGUCUACAACUAAGAAGUCUUUAAGUUAUGGAGUUGGAAGUGGAUAUGAGUAUGGUACACAUGGGGGAAAUGGCGAAGGAGGAAAGCCCAAGAAGAGCUUAAACUAUGGUACACAUGAGGGAAAUGGCGAAGGAGGAAAGCCUGGGAAGUCUUUUAGUUAUGGAGUUGGAAGUGGAUAUGAGUAUGGUACACAUGGGGGAAAUGGUGAAGGAGGAAAGCCCAAGAAGAGCUUAAACUAUGGUACACAUGAGGGAAAUGGUGAAGGAGGAAAGCCCAAGAAGAGCUUAAACUAUGGUACACAUGGAGAAAAAAGUGAAGGAGGAGAGCCCGGGAAAUCUGGAGGAGAGUCUACAACUAAGAAGACUUUUAGUUAUGGAGUUGUAGAUGGAUAUGAAUAUCAAGGUGGAGGACAUAAUGAUUAUCCAUAAAUUCAUUUAUCUAUAAAUUUAUCUAAUAAAACCUUUCAAAAUUUAAA